UAUUGAAAUGUUUGCCUCUAUGAAAUGCAUCAGACUUAAGUCAGCUUUCCUUCCUGCUCACAUGCUAGUGGCAACUCUUACUCCUCUUCACAGUAUGGGAUUUUUAAGAUCAAAGGAAUGAGCCCUAGGCAAAAACUGAGACAGCAGGAAGGCAUUGUAACAACUGGAAGGUUUUCCAAAUUGGCAAAUUUGCAGUAUUAUUUCUGCACAGAAGUAAAAGCUUCUCUACGUCCCUAUGGAUAUCGGGGAGAACAGGCAUUCCAACACUGCACAUCAGAUGAUCAACUUCAAAAUGACCUUGAAGAAGUUCGAAGAACUGGUUGAACAAAUAGCAGCCCAGAAAAGAGAUGAAAGAGCAGGACUAACUAUCCAAAAGGAAGAUGCAAUUGAUUAUGACAAGUUUUAUGCAUCAGUACAGGAACUCUUUGGUCCAGAAGUGAAGAAUCAAGAUGUGAAAUGCUAUUACAGGAAACUCUGCAACAGCCCUGAGGCAUCAAUAGACUGGUGUGAGAUCUUUGGAUACUUCUCCUCUGAAGAAGAUUCUCUAGCUUCCCAGAUAGAUGAAGAAAAUUUGGUUUUCCUUGUGUCUAGGAAAGAGCGAAUUGUCAUUUCAGGUAGUAGAAGACGAGACGUGAUUAAGUGCAUUGUCAAGGUUCCUCAAUUGGAUUUACUAAUAACAGCUACUCAGAAAGGAGUAAUAACAGUCUUUAACAACCGGAUGAGAAUUCAGACCAGCACCAAUGUUACCGAUACCUCCUGGAUUACAGGAUGUGAUUACCUCCCACAGCUGAAACGAAUCGUAGCCACUACAGAAAGGACCAUUAUUGUCUGGGAUUAUAAAGCCCAGGGGAGCAGCCAGGAAAACUAUUUUGUCAUAAAGCCUAUGGACCACUGUCUCCUGUGUGUGUGUGUGGUGCCUCUGGCUGAACAGCUCUGCCGAGACGACAUCCUCUUAGGGGAUGAUGGGGGUUUUGUGAGUAGAUUCACAGUCAAUAGUGAUGACUUUGGACUAAAGCAGGCAAAAUUCCAAAAGAAAUUACAAAAUCAGGUCUUAGAGUCAAAGAACUUUAAAAGCGUUAAAAGAAAGCUACAUAAUGACUGGGUUAUGAAAAUUAGAUAUAUUCCAGCCCUAAAUUGCUUUGGCUCCUGCUCCUUAGACAGUGUUCAUUCAUUGAUUUUGGACUCCCUGAAGAGACUCGAGGAUAAUUUGCCUGUCAGAGAGUUUUCCAUGCCGAGAGGAGCAAAUACCUUUUGCUAUUGUAUUAAAGCAAAUGUGAUUGUCACUGGAGGCGAUGAUAAAGUCCUCCGAUUGUGGCACCCCAAUAUCAGCACCAAGCCUGUGGGGAAACUUGUGGGACACAUGUUCAGUAUCUCUGAGAUCGUAACUAAUGAAAAAGAUCAACACGUCAUCAGUCUUUCCUCUGCAAAGGUCUUCAGGGUGUGGGAUAUACAGACUCUUUCACUACUACAAGUCUUCCAUGACAGUCAGGGAGGACCAGGAGACAUGCAGAUUUACUCCAUGGUAUAUGAUGCCAAUCAUGGCAUGCUUAUUACAGGGUCUAGUGUUAUGGACAUGUAUCCUCUGACUAGGAUGAUACAAGAUACAAAACAGAUUCCUCACACUCAUGAGCGAGAGAUCAACGUCAUGCUUUACAACAAACAUUUCCAACAAGUACUCACUAUCUGCUCUGAAUCUAUCAUUAAGGUAUGGGAACUUGAGACUGGCCUCCAAAUAUAUCAGAUUUUAGACCCUCAUGGCUUCAAUAUUGAACUGACUUCUGCAGCUAUCGAUGAAAGUGGAUUUAUUUUUGUCACAGGAGCAUAUAAUGGAACAGUCAAAAUCUGGGACUUUGGCAGUGGGCAAGAGAUGAAAGUGUUGCCGGAAGGAAAAGAUUGGAAGGAAGAAGAGCACAGGUUGCAACGCCUGAUUUUCCUCAAAGCCCAAGAGAAACACCAGUACCUGGUCCUUGCCUUGGAGCAUAACGGGACUAUCAAGAUGAUCCAGGGUAAGGAAGAUGAUGCUUACCUCACAGUGACCUGGGAACUUCCUGAUGUUGUACCUUUCCUGCAAAGUGGAAAUCAUGUUGUUCAUCUGAGGAUGUCGACUAGAAAUAGGAACAUGGCUAUUCCUUUCCCAGAUGUUGAGUUAAUAGUUGAGAGAAGCUCUUCUCAACCUACUCAU